AUGCCUGAUAAUCGAGCAAGGUACGUAGCUACAGUUAUACAAGCAUUUAUUCUUGGUACUGUAACGUAUUACGGUGUUAAAUGGUUAAUGGACGCCAUGGAUCCCACGAAAAAAAACCGCUUAGCUGCGCAAAAGCAGGUAAUGAUUGUUCACUUAAAUGCCGGUAAAUAUCAGUGUUGUUAUCGAUUUUUCAAAGGUUUAUUCAAGGAACCCGGCGGUAGAUAUACUUUUGUUUUGAAGUGAUGAAAUGUGUGCUCGAAUUAGUGUAAAAUUUGUGACCGUAGCGUUUGAUUAGGAAUUUGUCUUUCAUUUAUUGAUGGCAAGAUUUCAUGUCGAUUGUAUUAUAUUGGGAAUAAUUUCUAGCGAAUUCAUGCACGUGGGUUAGAUUUCUAGCUUCUGGGAAACAGCGAUCAGUUAAGUUUAGAAAAUAACUUUACAACCACGUGUACUUUAAGGCCAGUCCUGAUGAGCUCAGGCUUGUAAUCUGCGGUGUGCACUAUCUUAAAGCACCAUUUCCGCUCGCAGCAGAAUGCUAACUCACAUGACUCAACUCUCAUAGACUUCAUGGCCUUGGGUGGCUUGGUUAAGGUAAUAAAAUUGAGUUCUGACCAGUCUUCAUGCCACCUUUUUCAUUGAGCCCUCUGCUUCUCUUAUCAGUAACCAUCGUUUCAGGAUCUCUGUCUCAGGAAUGAGACAACAUACCAGAGUUUGAUUCACCUACUGGUGUAAUAUCCCUCUACCUGACUCACUUGAGUCUAUGUGUACUUAUUAGCUCUCAUCAAUUGCCAUCUUCCAGAGUUAUUUAUCUCGACUUUUACUCUUAAUGAGAAUUUAUAUCAUUAUUGGGAGAAUAAUAAUUUCAAGUCACCUCUUAUUGUGGCAUAAAAUAUACUUCUGAAAGAUUGAAGUGGAUAACAUGUGCAAAAGUUUUUUCUACUUUUUAUGUGAUAUCUUGGAAUAAAAAAUUACAAAAAAAUUAUCCUCUCUCUAUAUAAGACAGUUGUUCAUCACCAAGGUAUACAAUCCAUAUUAGAAUGUAUCUCACAUUGAUGUGACAUUUUGUAUGGAGAGAUCCUUUUCAUGUGAAAAAUGCAAAUAUGCUGCACUAAGACAAGGUACAUAUACAUUGUAGCUAUAUUUUGUAAAUUUUCUCUUGACUUAAAAACUAUUUUCUUUCAGGCUCAAAAGCUCUUAAAGAAAAUUGGUAUUGAAGGGGUAAAGGUAAUGUUAAUCAAUAUCAACCUUGUACAUGUAUGACAAACUUUCACCUAUUUUGCUACAAAAUGGUAACAUUGUCUGACAGGUUUGUUUCACCUUUUGUCACACAGUGUCUGUUUAGAUACAUUUUUGAGAACUUUUAUAAAAAAUGAACUUAUUCUACAAUUUUGAAUUAUAUAUUUUUGAGAGUUGUUAUUAUAAUUUUUUAAUUGAUGGUUCAUAUUUUCAUGUCACGUUAAGUUGGUGUGAGUAAUACUCUUGAAAUCAGUGAUAGACUUGUUACUGUGACAAAAAAAUGUCCUUAGUUUUAAAACCAGAGGUGAUAACAUCAUUAUUGCAUUUCCUAUUUGCUAUAGUUAAGUGAAUAUGAACUCACCGUAGCAGCAGAUAUUGUGGAUCCUUUAAUUCUACCAAUCACAUGGAAGGACAUUGGAGGUCUUCAAGAAACAAUUGAGGAAAUCAAGGUAAGAACAAUGGUUUGGUGUUAGUGAUUGGAUGACCCUUUUCGGUAUAUUAUUAUUCUUGUACAUGUUAUCUUACUGGUUUAACUCUUUCAUUUCUAUUAUUUGAAAGACAAUGUCUUUCCUUGUCUUGCAAUUCUUUUCUCUUGACUUAAGUCUUAAGGAGUUGGAGUGGAAUUAAACAAUGUUAUAUAUUAAAGUUCACAUGGCAACCAAGUGGACAAUCAGAAAUGGUUUGAUACUACUCUGGUUUAAAGAUUUAAUGAAUGUAACCAAGAAGUUACAAUUCCUAGACCCAAUGUUUCGACAUUCCUGUCUAGCGUCUUCAUCAGGGGUGAUCUAAAUGCUGCAACAAGAGGUCCUUUUAUAUGCUCACUAAUUAGCUGCCCCUUUUUCUGACGAGGUGUAAAUAGGCAUCAGGAAGUAAGCCACCAUCAUCACAAUUUAAAGGAGCAUGAGCAGAGUUGAUAUGCCAGGCUUCCAAACAAAGGCGCUGGUGGUAAAGCGGAUUAAUGGUGAUAAUCUUAGACUUAUUGCACCCAAUUGUACAGUUGGUUAGACAUGUGUGCUCCGAUAAAGCUGAAUUUUCCUUUUUGCAAAAGAAGACUGCUUUUUGAUGCUCUUUCAAAUGUGUACCAAACUGACGUUUGGUCUGUCCCAUAUACUCGUUAUCAUAGUCAUUGCACGGAAUAGAAUAUAUAGUGUUGGUUCAUUUUUCUUUUGUGACAGGAACCUUAGGUUUGGCAAAAAUAUGCCCCAAAGUCUGAAAAGUUUUUUGAGUAACUUUAAGGAGUGUUGAAACAUUGGGUCUUGUUACAUUCUGUCGUUGUUAUUCUUUCUUAUCCUCACCUUCCUGACUGAAAAUGUCUUUAAUAUAUUCUAGGAAGUAUAUGCUUAGUAACUACAGAAGUGAAAAGUUUAAGCAACAUUGUAACCAUUCUAAUCAGUGAUGUAUUGUCAAAUGACUUUUGCUAUUGUCUUGUCUGAAAUGGUUUCUUUUUGUUUCAUCGCUUUCACUGCUUUCUUACAAUCUUAAUUAACUAAUAACAAUUUAUUGUGUACACUCAAAAAAGGGUUUUUUCAAUCCUUCACCCGUUGUGUUAUGUAUCAAUUUUAUUUUCAUACAGGAAUCAGUUAUUUUCCCAAUACAACAAAAGGAUAUUUUCAAAAAUUCUUCACUUCUUAGUGCUCCUAAAGGUAUGGAAAAGGCACUGUGUUAGUAUAUAAGGUGUCUAUGGAAAGUGAUCUAUUAUUAGUUGUAAAAUGAAAGCAAUGAUUUUCAUGUUAUUGUGUUUGCUAAGAAAACUUUUUUUUCACCUUGUACUAUUCAAGGUAGGAAACUGUUUUGUAGACAUUACAUUUAAGGGAAACUCAAACUAAGGGUGCUUUCUUCUCUCUUUGUGUAGGUGUUUUAUUACAUGGUCCUCCAGGAUGUGGAAAAACAAUGAUAGCCAAGGCAACUGCAAAAGAAGCAGGUAAGACACUAAACUUUAUUUCUAAUUAACAUAUUGUGAUUUAAUCAAAAAUGUCUGAAUAACCUUGAUUACAGAGUAAUGUACUUGUCCAUGCAGAUGAGGUAUUUUGAAAAUGAUUUUUAUCAAUAGAAAGUGAAUUGUUUUGUUUCAAUUUAGGUUGUCGAUUUAUCAACCUUCAAGUGUCCUCUUUGACUGACAAAUGGUAUGGAGAAUCACAGAAACUUGCUGCCGCUGUCUUUUCACUGGUAAGGCAAUUAGAUGUUUUUCCAAUAAGAUCAGUCAAAAGAACAAGCUUAGUCUUGAAGAAAAUUCUUGCCUCCAGUUCUUUCCUCUGUGAAAAGUGCCAUCUUGGCUCACUGACCAAGCUGAAAUUUACAAUGCAGUAGAAGACAAAAAUUUGCCCUCUGAUAAUACUUGAGCCUAGUUGCUAGCUAAGUGAAGAGACGAGACCUCAAAGGGGUAAUAUUAACUUGCAUAGGUUGUUGUUCAAAUAUUUUCUUCUUGCUUUUAAAGUUUUCAACCAGAAAAAUCUUAUCAUAAAUUUCUCAACAAAAACCCCCAAAAAAUUAACCUGUGAUGUUCAUCCCCACUGAAAAGUAUACAUUUAAGCAACAGCUGACCUUUUUGUGUAUGACUUGCAGAAAUUGUAUGGCAUUUUUCCAUGUUCUCUCUUAUUUUAAGCAUGACAAGUAAGAUAAAUUUCAAACUGGUAGUUAAAAGGGCAAUCCUGAAGGGCAAGCCCUUUGAAUUUUCAAGAAUUUCAAGGGAUUUUAGGUGAUAAUUACUGGUAGUUAGAGUCUCUACCAGUCAGUAAAUUUUACCAGUUACUGCCCAAAAAGGAGAACACUAUUUUUAUGGUCAUCACAUGAUUGUAAGGAAAAUGUUUUGAUUAAUAUAUUCCAUGGCUUUAUUUGCAGGCUGUCAAACUACAACCUUGUAUUAUAUUUAUUGAUGAGAUAGGUAUGAUGUAAGAGAUUUAUAUUAAAGAAAAGCUAUGCAAGAGUACAGUCAUAAGUUUCUCUUUGUAUCACUAAUGAAACUGAACUUCAGAUUCUCUUGAGUUAUAAACCCUUUCAGUCCCAAGAUCUCACCAGUAAUCCUCUUCACUGUCUGCCAUAUAUUUCUUCUAAUAUCAGAUCUGAAAAAUUAGUGUUUGAUGUAGUGUAUUGAUUCUACAUGUACCUAUCUUAUGGGUUCUAAGGUGAGCACUUUGUAUUUAAUUCAGUAAAUGUACUACUCGCAGUAAUCCUACUGUACUGGAAAUACCUGCAUGCUGUAAAAUUACUAUAAGUCAGUAAACUCUUAUACUUGUAUAUGUGUAAUGUGUUUAUCAAUAAAGUUUAGUUAGCCUUUGGCAAUGAAGAAGGAAUAGUCUCUCUAUGUCUGAAUGACGACACUACAUUUGAUUAAUGAAUAACCCCCUUUGGGGAGCCAAAGAGUGGCAGCUUGGAGCAAUGUCUGUUCUCUUCUUGGUGCAUGGAAACUUAAUCGUUGCCUCUAAUUUGGCCAUAAUUUGAUUUUUUAACAGACUCCUUUCUUAGGAUGCGUGACAAGAGUGAUCACGAGGCCACAGCAAUGAUGAAGGCACAGUUUAUGAGCCUGUGGGAUGGUAAUCUUGAGCUCACCAUGUUAUUCCCAAUCUAAUUAGAAUUGUUUCUCUAAACUUCUCAUCUACUUUCUUAUCUUGCUCAAAUGAUUUUAUCUUAUGGGUUGUGGUUGUUUAAGCUGAAAGUAAAUUUUAGGUUAGAGUGAGUUGAUCCCAGUUUGCUUAGUAUUUUGUUUAUUUAGGGAUUAUUUGUACAAAUCUCUGACAAAGGAAAUACAAAUUGGAUUAAAGUAAGUUAAAUUUGACCUGAAAUCAAUUAAAUUAUAUUACAAUAUAGUUGAUAAUAAUCAUGAUGAUAUGAGUGGUUUGAUGAUGAAGCAUUUGUAAGGUGUGAAGUAAACAUUAUGAUCGUGCAUGUUGGCCAUAAUGUUUUUACUACCUGCUGCUGCUCUUAAUCAGGUUAUGAAGAUCAGAUGUAGUCACAUGUGGCUAAGUAUUUGUUAACACAUUUUAUCCCUGGUCUGAAUAAUUUUUGAUGUAUGAGGAGGUUUGAUUUUAAUCAAAUUUGGGUGUUUUACAGGACUGAUGACUGAUUCAACCUCUCAAGUUAUUGUCAUGGGUGCAACUAACAGACCUCAAGAUGUUGACAAAGCCAUUUUGAGAAGGAUGCCGUGUUCUUUUCGUGUUGGAUUGCCAGUAAGUAGGAUUAAGCUGGAGUUUUACAUAUGUUUCAUUUUGUCUGAGUACAUUUAUGCAUUGCUGUUCAAAUUUUCAUGAUAAAUUAAUUUAAGGAGCAAUUCUGUCUGUCAUUCACUGUUACUGUACUUUCGUAAGCAGAAUUUGAAUAUUGUCUUUUAGUUAAAAACUUUUACUUAUGACACUUGUUCUCUUCUCAGGAUGCAGAGCAGAGGAAAGAUAUAUUAAAGAUUAUUCUCAAGAAAGAAAAGGUAAUCUUAUCUGCUGGACUUGUGUAUUAAGUGCUGGUAACAUCUUUUGAACAAUUUGAUUGGACAUACUUGUAGCUUAGAUCAACAGGUUUAGAUCAAUAUCUUCCAUCACUUUCUCUUCCUAAAGUUCUUCUGGGUCACUAAAGUUUUUGUUGAAGCAUUUGUUUGGCUGGAUGUAGCUGUUGGAAGAUAGAAGAAUAUGAAAGAAGAAAAGCUGAGUCAUGGGAAUUUUCUUAUGCCAUGUGUACAAUCAUGAACUUUUGUUCCUAUCUAUCAUACAUGAAGAACUUUCUUUAGUUACAUUAUUCAUUGUUAAUUUUUCAGCUUAAGGAUGAUGUGGAUUAUGACAAAUUAGCCUUACUAACGGAAGGAUACUCUGGGAGUGGUUUGAAAGAAAUAUGUAAGUUCUACAGUUAGUAUUAGAGAGGAAAUUGAUUGGUUUGCUUGAUUCAAUAGAGGUAGAUAUGGCCUUAGUCUGCAAGAAUGAGGAGGAAAUGUUUUUAGAAACUGGAAAUUUAGAUAGAUGUUAUAUUCUUCAGCUUGAGGGAGAAUGGUAGGUCCUAAACAUGACUGAGGGUGCGGCAUUAGAGGUGGGGAGAAGAAAUAAGAUAGCAGUGUCGGAAGCAAAGAAGCUCUUAUAUGCACUAUGUAUGUGGCUAAGACCUAUGGUCUCACAUCUCACUCAGAUCUUGUCAACUGGCUCCUCUUGUGAUACUCUUAAAUUAAACAAUACACCUUACCUGUUCUCUGUCACCCAUGCCCUCCUCCCCAACCCCAUUAUAGACUUGCCCACUGGGGGAUAGUCAAGUGUUUGUAGGGUUGAUUUGCACUACUUUAUGGUUAUUUACAAAAAUGACUGACAGAAGAACUAGGUACUCCCUUUGGUCUUUUGGUGUGUUAAGAUAAGUGUGUGAGCACAGAGGUGAUGUUUUAGAUUCAUGAAAAUUUUUAAUAACAUUUAACAAAAGCAAUGGUGUGCUUUUUCUGUGUUUACAUAGCCUCACUUACACACUUAGGGUUUUAGGAAAAUUCUCAAAGAUUAUACAAGCCUGAGGCUUAGAUCAAGGUUUGUGGAACUGUUUCUAAUUUUUCCACCAAAUCUCCCUCUUGUGUUUGAAUGAGGCUAUGGAAACACAGAAAUAGUCCUCUAUUCACUAAAUAUUGACAAAUGAGUUAAAAAUUCAUUAAAUUGUAUUUUUAUUUUUUUAGGCCGAGUUGCCGCUAUGUCUUGUGUGAGAGAUUAUGUGAAACAAAAGAACGACCCACAAUCGUUGUAAGUCAUGUGUUUUGUUUGUACAUUGUAGUUUCAUUUUUUUUUUUGCUCAGUUUUUUUUAAAUGGAAAAUGUCGGUAUUAAAAAUGGAAAGUAAAUCAUGAGUACCAACCUUGUCUGUGUUACCAAUUGCCGACACACAAAGGCAAAUAGGAUUAAAAACAGGUGAUUAUGAUAUAACCACCUGUUUUUAAAAUAUUAUUUUCUAUCUCUAGAAUGUUCUAAUUGUGGAAGGCACAGAUUGAAUGAUUUUUCAGUUCUAGGUACCUUUCUACUUUGGUUUACACUCAGAUUUAAAAUAACCUAUGAUCAUUCUGUUGUUGUAGUUAUAAUUUUUUUGUUACUAUUUUUACUGCAGGGACAGCGUACAGAAUGAAAAUGGCCAACCACAUCUUCGGCCAAUCGAAAUGGGUGAUCUUUUAGUUGCCAUUGAAAAAUGCAAACCAAGUGCAACUUUGCAGAGCUGACCACAGCUUCCUUCCUCAUUUAGCUGUUAGAAAAAGAAAAUGGCCACAUUGAAGAAAAAGCCGGUCGUGGGGCACAGAAAAGAGGACUGUGCAAUUCUUAGCAGAGAAAAUAAUAUUUUGUUGAGGAAUAUUGUCAAUUCCGAAUUUGGAAAGGAUGCGACAAGUAUCUUGAACUUACGCUGUCUAUACAGCAUAGAUCUCUUUUUUUUUUUUUUUUUUUUUGCUCAACCAAAGCCAGGCAUCCUAAGGAGUUUGUAAAGUUUGAGUUGAAAAAUUUUGUCAAUUCCUUAUGCGAAAAGUGUAUAAAAUCUAUUCUGAACUUUCGCUGUCUGUGUGACAAAGAUCUCGGAUUUUUUUAUAACAAAAGUCGGUUCAGGGGUUCCAACGAAUUUUGCAAGUUGCAGUUGUAGAAUUUUUAUGCGAAAAGCAUCCACAAACUAUUCUGACCUUCGCUGUCUACCUGCAAACUUAUCGUUGUUGUUGGUGUUUUUCUAUUUGUUUGUUGUUUUUUUAAAAUGAGAACUGUAAGCUCCGUCCUGUUCGUCCGUGAUUAAUUUUGUUCGGGCAUUUCCUAGGAGGCCUGAGUUUCGAAUCCCCUUCAAUGCUUUAAAGUGCAAACGUUACGUUAAGUUUACCACAUGUAAACCGCAAGAACUAACUGAAAGGCCUGUAAGAACUCUGUGUGGGCGGAAGAACAUUGCUCAUGUGCAUUGUUACACGUGCCUUUCACGCACUUUCGAAAUUUUUGUGAAAUAAAUGUGUUGAAUCACACGAAGAUUAGAUUUGUCCAUUAAAUGCGCUUAGAUGAUAAUUUUCAUUGAAGUAAUUGUAAUCUAAUUUUUAAACUAUAGAAAUACGAAAUCUGCUGUUAUCUAAACAUUUCUGCAAUAAAAGACGAGGCAUUGGGCUUAUUUAGUUCCCUGUAUUGGAUGUUAAGUCAAAGCAAUUUGAUAACAUUCAGGUGUCCAGUUGGCAACCGGGAGACACGGGAAUCAGAAUGGCCGUAGAAGUGCAGGUGAAAAAGAAGGUUACGGAGAAACUUUUCUCGUUUCCGCUUAGCGAUGGGC